AUGUAUAUUCAUCUAUCUAUCUAUCUAUCUAUCUAUCUAUCUAUCUAUCUAUCUACGUAUCUCAGUCUAUUCAUAUCUAUCUAUCUAUCUAUCUAUCUAUCUAUCUAUUUUUAUUCAUAUAUAUUACAUUCUGUUAUCUAUCUAUCUAUCUAUUCAUAUAUAUUAUAUUCUGUUAUCUAUCUAUCAAUGUAUAUAUAUCUAUUUACCUAUCGAUCGAUCGAGCUAUGUGUAUCCAUAUAUAUCUCACUUUGUUAUCUAUAUAUCCAUGUAUAUUCAUAUAUAUUCCUAUCUAUCUAUCUAUCUAUCUAUCUAUCUAUCUAUCUAUCUAUCUAUCUAUUAUAUUCUGUUAUUUAUCUAUCUAUCCAUGUAUAUACAUCUAUCUAUCUAUAUCCAUAUAUAUCUCAGUUUGUUAUCUAUCUAUCUAUCUAUCUUUCUUGUAUUCAUAAUAUUCUGUUAUCUAUCUAUCUAUCUAUCUAUCUAUCUAUCUAUCUAUCUAUCUAUCUAUGUGUAUUCAUAACAUUCUGUUAUCUAUCUAUAUCUCCCUAUCUUACAUCUAUAUAA